UAGUUUCCCAAAGAUGGCGAAAAUUUUUCUCAAACAAAAAAGUGUGUGAAGCCUAAAACUUAAAUUUCUAUAUUAGUCUACUGCAAUAUCUCUUUUUAAAUUGUGAUUUUCGAUUAUUUUAUUUAGUUAAAAUUUCAAUAUAGACCGUACUGGUGAGUAGACACAAUGGAACAAUGUGAAAAUCAAGACAAUUCGAUUUGUUAAAAUGUCAUCGCUGUCGGACUGCAUUAUUACAUAUCUUCACAUUAUUGUUGUUGGUGUUUUGACAUGAAUAAACUUUUUGAAUUGGAUUGCAAAUUCUUAAGUGUACAUUACGUGUGUGUUGCUAAGUGUUAGUGUUUAAUGCUACUGUUUUCGAAAGGUUUUCCUCAUAAUUUACAAACAUAAAAAGGAUUAUUACUAAACAUUCUAGUUGACGAUGGCGAACCAUCAAUACUAUCAAGUGAUGGACAUUGACGAACUGAAGAGGGUCUGUCCGAAUUUAAAUUUCGACAAUUGUCAAUUAGUUAUGGGAGAUUCACCAGUGAUUCAGUUAGGCUCACAAGAACAGCUAGUUUUAAACGAUGGAAGUAUAAUUUAUCAACAGCCUCAACAGCAUAACCAAAUCGCGCAACAGUACAUAAUUCAGGAAGAGGAUAUUCAAACUGACGGAAGCUUCGCCAGUCAUGCUGGCCAGAUUUUUUUCGCUACCGACUCCAUCGACAUGAAUCAACAACAAAUUAACGAAGUUCAACAUAAUCUUCAAGCGGCUCUAAUCGAACCGUCUCAACAUAUUCAAAACGAAACCGUUCAACAGCAAAUGGUUAUGCAUUAUCAAACAGCACCCCAGUCACAACAACAAAUUAUUGUUGAACAUUCGCCACCGCCACAGCCAUCUCAGCAUCAUGUCAUUGUGCAGCAAAAUCUUCCGACUCAUCAACAGGCCAUGAACCAACAAGCGAUGCACCAAUCGCAACCGAUUGUAAUUAGUCCGCCUCAGCAAACUGUUGUACGACAACCAUAUACGGUCUACAGUCAUACGCAGAAGCGCGUUUAUCAAACUGUUCCACAGCAAAAUGUGCAAAUGAGAACAGUGCCUAUUAUUGACCAGCCACAACAGCAACCACAACGAAUUCUUCAAAUGGGUCAACCCAUUCAAAAGUCCGUUCCGCGGCUAGUCGCACCGCAGCAUGUUACAACCGUUCAGUCGAAUCCAAUGCCACGAGUAAGGGCCACUCGUCCGCGACUUACCACUAACAUUCAACAGACACCGCGGAUGGUCACUCAAUCACAAGUGCGCCCACGUCAAGUGAAUGCCGGACUAAUACGGCAAACCAAUGCAGCAGGACAACAAACUCAACGUAUAGUUCAAAAUAUUCACCCCAUUAGACCUCAGCACCAAUAUCGACCACAAAAUCAGAUACAGCAGCAACAGCAGCGAUUUACAACUCCGGCUCUCCAGCGCAUUGGCACGGUAACUACAAGAAUGGCAACGCCAAAUGCACCAUCAAUUGCAGUGACGAAAAAGGCAAUAAAUGUUCAGCCAAAAGUAGCGACCAUUCAAAGCAGCAUAAAACCACAGUACGUUACGGAAACUAAAUCGUCAAGUACUUCGACUGACAUAAAUGAAUUGGACGAUUUGGAAAACAGCAUAACUGCUGCCAAAAUUCAUAAAACACCGCCUGAACCACCACCAGCACCUGCUCAAAAUGUUGGUUCAAAUCAAUUUAUCAUUCAGGCGCAGCCAUCAAACAUCCAGACAUGCCAAAAACAAAACUAUCAGAAUCAAAGGCCAAUCAAUACUCAGAUUCAACAACCGUAUCUCCACAAUCCAUCGUUAGACGAUUCUCGUAAAGUGGUAACAUUGCGUACAGGUGAGAGUAUGCCGCUGACCGAAUACAAACGUAAAAUACAGGACAAUCAAUAUCAAAUGCAACCGCAACAACAGUUGCAAAAUAUGAAUCAGACUCCAAACGGUCCAGCAAUGAUCAGAGGAAACAGUAUUCGUGGUCGUGGCGCUGCACGGGGUGGUGCCGGACAGGCUAGAGGUUCGUACAAAAAGCAAUAUAGGCCACCCGUCAAUCAACAACAGCUGCAACUACAAAAUCAAUCCGAUCAAUCUCAACAUAUCAUUGAAAGCGAAGCGCGUGAAAGUGCGAAGAUGUUGGUCGUUUUACAGAGUGGUGAACAAAGACUGAUUACAUUUACGCUUCCGAAGGAAAGUUGUACCGUUCAAGAGCUACUGGAGCAAGUUGGUGUACCAUUCACCGAUCAUACAAACAUUGAAUGCGUAACUAACCCUGGAGUUAGUAUCGACUAUUUGGUUACAGUUGGAGUGACUUGCAGUGGCACUCCGAGCGAAAUAAUAUCGGCUGCUGAGAAUACUCUCCAGUUAAAACAUCAGCAAAUGCAACUGCAGCAACAACAACAACAACAUCAGUUACAACAACAACAACAAUUGCAACAGCAGCAGCAACAACAACAACAACUUCAACAGCAGCAAUUACAGCAACAACAACAGCAGCAGCAUUUACAGCAACAACAAAUAUUGCAACAAAUGCAACAGCAGAAGACUGUCACGCAUCCUAAGGUCGUUGAAGCUCCACAAGCAGUUGUAGCAAAACAGAAGUCUCCUGAACAGUCUAAAUCUCCGCCACCGAAAUUAGUGCCUGGAUUUUUAGCCGUUUGCCCCAAUUGUGGUCUAUGCAGCAUUGAUCACUAUCGCUGUCAACGGUGUAAAGUGCUGUUCAAAGAUGAAGUAAAGAAAAUUGCAUCAGCUGGCACUGAUCAGUCGAAUACUGCACCGACUAAAGCUAAACCGAAUCCUGUACCAACGUUAGUCGUCACCGAGAAGCAAAAACGUGACAUUGAAUUGGUACAGAAGAAACAUCAGAUUACAAUAGCGGAAAUAAAGACUCCAUUUGCCGGUCGAGGGCGCGGUGGCAUGACAGCUGGAAGGGGUCGUGGUCGCCCAAAGCCGAAAGUUGAAGAACCGGUUAUAUUGACUUUGAUCAGUGACGAUGAGGAAGAUGAUAAGAAGACGGAGACUAGUUCCGCUGGAAAACCGAUGUCAUUUGAACCGAAACCGGAAGAAAUCAAUGUGGUUGUGCAAGAUUUUGUUCGCAAAAAAAUUACGGACACCCAGAAUGCGGUGGACAAGAUCAGCACAUCUUUUAGCGUGAAAUCAAUUCGUAUCGGAUCGUACAGAUUCACACCGAAGGAAAAAGUGGUUGUUUCAUCACUUGGAAUGCGCAUUAUUGCACCGAAUACGAAGCGCGAAAAUGAAAACGUCAUAUUGGACAUUCAAAAGUGUGAAAUCAUUAAGAUUGCCUGCAAUUUUAGCAAUUCGGCUAUUUUGUUUAUUUGGACGACAAAAGGCUGUGGUACAUACGUUCGUGAGGGUCUGGAAAUGGUUCGGUCCAGCGAAAUUUACUUUGAUCCAUCGGGUACAUCUGAUUACAACAAACGAAUCAUUUUACAAGUGGAUAACCUUGCCGAAGAGGCCAAAGCAACGAUAAAAUCAAUUUUUACAAAUCAAAUCAUCGAUGAAAUAAAUCAAGCCGAUGCUGCCAAAUUGCUGGAGAGAAGUACACCGAAUAAUCAGUUAGUCAAAAAUGAUUCGAAUCCAAAUAGCAGUGCUGGCGUACGACAAAUUUUAAUUUAUCCUCCACCUCAUGAAGCACCGCGUGGAAUCUCAAUAAAUACAGAAGACUACGAAUGCUUAGCUAUCGAUCAAUAUUUGAACGACGUGAUCAUAGACUUCUACCUUAGAUACCUACAAGAAGAGCUGCUGACUAGUGAACAACGCUCUCAAACCCAUAUGUUUAGUCAAUUUUUCUACAAGCGCUUGACCACAAUGCAAACCAGAAAAACACAGACCGAUGUUCGAAUGAGUGCAGCUCAACGACGUCAUUCACGGGUGGAAAAGUGGACGAAAGGCGUCAAUAUAUUUGAAAAGGACUACAUCAUCAUACCAAUCAACGAGCAACAGCAUUGGUUUUUAGCGAUAAUAUGCUUCCCGGGCCUGUCUGGUCCGGUCACAUACGAUACUAUGCAACCCGUCAAACCAGUCAAGUAUGUAAAGAAAAAGGUGGCUGACCGGAAAAAUGUCACAUUGCAAAUUGGUAAUACGACAAUUACGCCAGUGUCGAAACGCGAGCAAGAUUCCAUUUAUUUGGGCGAUGAGAGUGAAAAAGAUGAGGCUGAAGGUGACGAAAGUGAUGCACCCAGUGAUGAAGAAGAGGACGAAGUGGAUCCCUCAUUGCAAAACAUUAAACAGCCCUGCAUUUUAAUAUUUGACUCGCUGGCUGGCACAUCCAGAACACGUGUUGUAGCAACAUUACGUGACUAUUUAACGUGCGAAUAUCGAACAAAAGUUGGUGAUUCCAAUGGUCGAGCAUUCAAUAAAGAUAAUAUGCCAAACUAUACGGUUAAGGUUCCACAACAAAACAAUUUCACGGAUUGCGGAUUGUAUCUGUUGCAGUAUGUGGAGCAUUUUUUUAUGAGUCCUAUCAAAGAUUAUCGUUUGCCAGCUAUGAAUAAGCAAUUAUCGAAUUGGUUCGACGGCAUCAUCGUCACACGGAAGCGCGAAGAUAUAUCCAAUCUACUGAAGAAGCUCGUAGGCAAAUACAAUCCUGACAAUUUACCAUUAACAGAUAUUCCAUUGCCGACACUAAAUGGUGAGCUUAUUGAAACAGAAGACGUGUAUAACGAAGCAGACGAUAUGGCUGAAUUCGAAGAAGAGGAAAUUGAUGAGGAAGAGUGUGAAGAUGGUACUAGUGCUGGAGCAUCGUCGCCCGAAAAAAAUUCAACCGACAGGGAAAAGACAAAUGGAGCGCGGAUAGAGUUCAGGCGAAAAAAUGAAGAUAAUGCCGAACAUUUAGCUGCAAAAAAACCGAAAUACGAUCAAUUUGAUGAACUGAAAAACAGCACCUAAAUUUCAACCACAGCAGAUUUUAUGUGACAAUUCAAAAUUUCACAACAACAUUUUUAUGAUUUGUUUACAUUUAUAUAUUUUCUAUCCACACCUCACACUCUCCCGCAUCGUAAUAACAGCUGUUCCAAUUGUUUUUGUUUACAUUGGUCAGCUGACUCUUAUGUACAUAAUAUACCGUCUCUAAGAGAUAAUGUGCUAACGGUGUACACAAUUGUUAAACAUGUCAUGCCAUGUACUAACAUUAUUAUUUACUUUGUACGUUACAAUAAAUUGAAUUGAAAUUAUGAAUG